CCGGUCGCCGCGCCUCCCUGAAGGUGACCGAUUCAACAUGGCGGCCGCGGUGGGUCGGCGCGUCUGGUGCUCGGCGGCGGCGGCGGCGCUGCGGGUGGGCCCGGGCCUGGGGCUGGUCAGCGGCCGCCCGGGGCCGGGGCCGGGGCCGCGGCUGGUCAGCGGCUUCCCGGGCGCGGGCCUGCAGGCGGCGGAGAAAGUGACCCACACCGGACAGGUUUAUGAAAAGGAUGAUUAUAGAAGAGUCAGAUUUAUUGGUCGACAAAAAGAAGUAAAUGAAAAUUUUGCUAUUGACUUAGUUGCCGAGGAACCAAUAACUGAAGUAACGGACAGAGUGGUUUCAUGUGAUGGUGGUGGUGGAGCCCUUGGGCAUCCUAAGGUGUACAUAAACUUGGAUAAAGAGACAAAAGUUGGAACAUGUGGUUAUUGUGGACUUCGUUUUAAACAAAAGCAUCAUCACUGAGAUGGGAUCAUUUAGAAUAGAUUCAUUUUUUUUCUCUAAUGUAUGACAGUAAGCUAUGAAAAUGAAUUAAUUGAACUUUGCACUGGUUGUUGCUGAAAUGAAGUUAGAAUAAAAACAAUCUCUUGUGAAACCAA